AUGGAAUGGGUACAGAAACACAUCGAAGAUUUCGGUGGCGAUCCAGCGAACGUUACCCUGGCUGGAAUGAGUGCUGGCGCAGCAUCGGUGACGUAUCACCUCAACACCGAAAAAGCCCUAUUCAACCGCGCCAUCGUGAUGAGUGGCUCGUACUUUCUUACUCCAAGUCUCUCCUAUGAGGUGCAUGAGCAGAAUUACCAGCAAGCCAUGGCCGCGUUGGGAUUGACCGAGGCCUCCGCUGACAAGAGGAUUCGAGCUCUCCUCGAGACUCCCGGACAGGAUCUGAUUGGAAAACUUCCUCCCACUAUUUUGGCUACCCCUGCAAUUGAUGGAGAUAUGGUAUCGUCAGUGGGCUCAUUUGCCCAGACUGCUGACCGAGGCUCCGGCGUUCCCAAGGGGAAGCCAUGGUGUAAAGACCUGAUGAUUGGCGAUGCACAGAUGGAUGCUAGUAUCAUGGCCCUCCUGAUGCCAAAUGCAAAGGCCGGAUGUGCAAGGAAGUUCACCACAGCGAUGAACACGGCUCUGCAGUCCCAUCCCAUGAUAGCACAGGAGAUCCUGAAGAAAUACGGCCUGACAGAAAAUAUCGAUGAUGAAACGGCCUUCACCGCAAUACUGGACUAUAUCAACGACGUCUGCUUCUUUGCCCCGGUGUUGACCUUCGCCCAAGGCUGGACAGGCAACGCUUAUGUGUACUACUUCAACGAGGGCAACCCGUGGGACGGACCCUGGAAGAACAGGGCUAGCCACAUCCUUGACCUCGCCUAUCUCUUCCAAAAUUUUCGGGAGUUCCUGACGCCCGCCCAACAGGCCGUCGCUACGGCCUUCGCGGAGGAUUUCUUCAAGUUCUGCCAUGGCAUCGCACCUUGGCCUGCUGUUUCAGGGGGCGAUGUGGAAACGGGCUUCAGAGCAAGAGUGUAUGGUCCUAGCUCUGACAACCUCUGUGUGGAAGAGACGAGCCAGCCGUACGGAGGAGAGACUCAGCGGAGACAGAUUCUAUUUGAUUAUCGUGACCAGGUCUCGUUUGAUGACCUCGCCCGCGUGUUUUCUAUUUUCAAGAAUAUGUAG